UCCACAGAUAGAGUGUCAUCUCAGGGAGAUGGAUGAGAGGAUAACCCAGGCCGUGGCUAACCUGAACUACCCUCUGGAGUGGAGCGGCAAGGCCAGCCAACCUAGAGAAGAGCUCCUGCCCAGGGAGGCUCUCCUCCACUUCUCAGUGCGUCUGGGUUUGCUCCAUCUCUCCCGCUUUCUGAUUGGCCAGCCUAAGGGUCAGAGGGCACUGACCAUCUCUCUGUCUCUCUCUCUCUCUCUGUCUCUUUCUGCAGAGCUCCAGUCCAGGGAGGCUCUCCUCCACCUCUCAGUGCAUCUGGGUUUGCUCCAUCUCUCCCGCUUUCUGAUUGGCCAGCCUAAGGGUCAGAGGGCACUGACCAUCGCUCUCUCUCUCUGUCUCUCUGUCUCUCUCUCUCUCUCUCUCUCUCUCUCUCUCUCUCUCUCUCUCUCUUUCUGCAGAGCUCCUGCCCAGGGAGGCUCUCCUCCACCUCUCAGUGCGUCUGGGUUUGCUCCAUCUCUCCCGCUUUCUGAUUGGCCAGCCUAUGGGUCAGAGGGCACUGACCAUGCCCAAUGAGGAGGGGGAAACACCCCUCCAGCUGGCUCAGAGGAGAGGAGACCACUCCCUCUUUAUGGCACUCGCUACUUCACCUUUCCCUCAGAGGUCUCCCCUUGUCGGGGUGUGGUGUGUAUGGGCAGAUAGCACCCGUGUACUGAGGUUCUGUCCUGGAUCUGACUGCCUCUCCCUCACCUUCCUGGUGGGCCCUGAGAGCAGUGUUCUGGGCAACAUCAUGGUCCUCAGAGAGAAACUGAUGGACCACAACAUCCUCAGACAGAUCUCAGCACUGAGAGGUGAUGUUCAGAUGGAGGACAGUUACGGAUUGGACGUCCAUAGAAGUGAUGCCAGUGACGGAGGUCUGGGCAGGGGGCUGCCAGUUAGAUACCUUACUCUGGUGGAUAGUGUUUUUGAAGAUCAGCUUGUUCUCUCUCUGGAUGAUGAUGAGGAGCUUCCAACGUUACAAACAGUAAAGUCCAAGACGACCCACCCCAGAGGAACCCAGAGACAGUUCUCUCACUCUGCUGCUGCAGACACAUCAGCCUCCAUCAUCAAUGGCAGGAGUCAGCUCGACACAGAGGUGGAUGACUUAAGGGCUAAUGUCAGUGUUGCUGGGAUAACGAGGGACAGCUCUGUGACUGUCAGCAGGGUGUGGGACUCGGUGGCCUCAGAGUGCCUGCUCCAGGCCACCUCCACCCCUCUACCUCCAUUGGGACUAGAGGAACAACAGUCCCCCUCCGUCUCUCACUCCCCCUCUCCCUCACCUUCCCCCGCUGACCGAGCCCUCGCCCGACUCAACAGCAACUCCCACUCUUACCUAACCAAUCAGAGAGAGAGCCCGCCUCUGGAAUCCCCUGACCUCAGCCCCAGUCUGGUAGCUCUUGUGAUGGACAGUGAGGGAGAUGAGGAGGGGUUCCUGGUGAAGACUUCCCUCUCUCCCAUCUUUCCCCUGACCUCUGACCCUCGUAGCAGCGGGGACGACACCUCCCCAGACCUCACCUGCACACGCACACACUCCGCGUCCUCAGACGGCGACCCCCCCCUCGCAAAGGAUAUGGACAUCCAGGGGAUCAGACACCGCUCCUACUCCUACUCCUCCCCCAAGAUCAGCCUGCUGCCCCCCCGCUUCUCCCGCAAAACCUUAGCCACGUCUGCGACCUCUGACCUCAGCCCAGCUGUCUUGUCCUCCACAGAACAGAGAACAUUGAGUCUAUCAGAGCAGCCUCUUGAAAAAAGGGAGUUAAGGUUUCGUAAGCGUGCCCAGUCUGCAGACGACGAGGGCAGCGUUGAGCUGGCAGAGUCCCUUCAACACCUCACCCUCUCAGAGUUCCUCAAAGAAAUUGAAGAGGAGGAGUGGGACAAGUACAACAUCCCCUCCAAGGUGGAGUCAGAGAAAUACAAAGUGAUUCGUACCUUCAGCUUCCUCAAGAGCAGGAUGUCCACCACUCGCAACAAGAACAAGGGAAAGGGGAAGGAGAAGGAGAGAGAGAAGGGGAAGGAGAAGGAGAGAGAGAAGGAAGGGACAGAUAAGGACAAACAGCAGAAUGGACAUCGUUUCUCCACGGGUUCCUGUGCUGGUCCCACCGUCUGUCUGGUCUGUGACAAACCUGCUACUGGCAAGGACCUUCUGCACUGCUCCUGUUGUACAGUCAUGGUCCAUAAGGGUUGUAAGGACUCUGCUCCCCCGUGUCUAAAGAAACUUCAGGAUAAGUAUGCAGUUACUAUGAUGAAGAACCGAACAGCAUCCCUCCCGCAGAACUUCACAGUGCGAGACAGUCCCUCUCCAUGUCCGAUCUCCACCUCAGCCUCUCUAUCUACCUGUGAUGAGCCAGAGGGACAAGAGGGAAACAGCCUCCCUCUCCAACCCCCUCUCCAGGAGCGUCCCUUCUGCCACAGACAGGUCAGCUCAGCAUCUCUCUCUCUCUCUAUCUAUCUCUCUCAAAAAAAUUCAAAAGGCUUUAUACACAUACAUACAUACAUUGCCAAAGCAAACAUAUAGACACAUAUCAAAUAUUGAUGAUGCAGAUAGAUAUAAUAGGAAAAAUAAUAAUACUCACUCUCUCUGUCUCUGUCUCU